UGUCCAUAGUCCGUGGUAAUCCGUAAUGGUAUUUUCGUCCAAGUUUAUUCUGCAGAUAUUGUGUGACCAAAAUCUGCCAUAAAUUAAUGAUUAAUCAAUGCUGUUCUUGAACUAUUCUCGGUAAUUGGGAAAGUAAUUAAUUUGUGUCAAAAUGCAGCUCCGUUACUUUGAUUUAGGAUAAUCUAUUGUUGUUAUUCGUAGGCCUUAAAUUCUUGUAUGAAGUUGGCCUGUAGAGGUGAAGUGGUAGCUAGAUUGAAGUGAAAGGGAAUAAAUUGGUUUGUAAUUCUUCUCUUCAAAAUGUUGAAAAGCGGGCAUCAAAAGAAAGAGGGCAAAAUGCGGAUCAGAGCAUUCCCGAUGUCAAUGGAUGAAAAGUAUGUAGAAAGCAUUUGGUCCCUCUUAAAAAAUGCAAUCCAGGAGAUUCAGAAGAAGAAUAAUUCUGGGUUGAGUUUUGAAGAACUCUACAGAAAUGCAUAUACUAUGGUUCUGCACAAGUAUGGAGAGAGGUUAUACACAGGAUUAAAGGAAGUUGUCACGCAACAUCUAGAAAUGAAGGUUCGAGAAGACGUAUUGAUUUCCUUAAACAACAAUUUUCUCCAAACACUGAACCACGCUUGGAACGACCAUCAGACGUCCAUGGUGAUGAUUAGAGACAUCCUGAUGUACAUGGACCGGGUCUACGUUCAGCAGAACGAUGUGGACAACGUCUAUAACCUAGGACUCAUCAUCUUCAGAGACUUGGUGGUGAGAUACGGAUGUAUCAGAGAUCAUCUGAGAGACACAUUGUUGGGUCUGGUAAUGAGAGAGAGGAGGGGGGAAGUGGUUGACCGCAUCGCCAUCAAGAACGCAAGUCAGAUGUUGAUGGUUCUCGGCAUUAACAGUCGAGCCGUCUACGAAGAGGACUUUGAGAGGCCUUUCCUCCACCAGUCAGCAGAGUUUUACAGGAUGGAGAGCCAGAAGUUUCUUGGAGAAAACAGUGCGUCCGUCUACAUCAAGAAGGUGGAGGCUAGAAUAAACGAAGAAGCUGAGAGAGCAAAGCACUAUUUAGACGAGUCUACGGAAGCUCGUAUUGUCGAAGUCGUAGAAGAGGAGCUGAUCAAAAAACACAUGAAAACAAUUGUCGAGAUGGAGAAUUCAGGCGUAGUACACAUGCUGAAGAACCAGAAGACAGAAGACCUGGCUUGUAUGUACAAGUUGUUCAGUAGAGUAUUAGACGGGCUAAAGACGAUGUCCGAUUGUGUCAGUCAUUACCUCAAGGAGCAAGGCAAGAUGUUGGUACAAGAGGAAGACGGAGGCACCAACGCAAUAAACUUCGUUCAGAACCUACUGGAUUUAAAAGAUCGGCUAGACCAUUUUCUUCACAAUUCGUUCAACAACGACAAACUCUUCAAGCAGAUGAUUGCUUCUGACUUUGAAUACUUUUUGAACUUGAAUCCAAAGUCUCCUGAAUACUUGUCCCUCUUUAUCGAUGACAAGUUAAAGAAAGGAGUUAAAGGGAUGACCGAACAGGAAAUAGAAACAGUGUUGGACAAGACAAUGGUUCUGUUCCGGUUCCUACAGGAGAAGGAUGUAUUUGAACGAUAUUACAAGCAACAUCUGGCCAAGCGACUUCUGCUAAACAAAUCUGUCAGUGACGACAGCGAAAAGAACAUGAUUUCCAAGUUAAAGACUGAAUGCGGUUGCCAAUUCACUUCCAAGUUGGAGGGAAUGUUCAAAGACAUGACAGUAUCAAAUACCAUCAUGGAAGAGUUCAAAGAACACGUCCUAACUUCAGGGGCCAACCUAUAUGGAGUGGACCUCUCAGUGAGAGUGCUGACGACAGGUUUCUGGCCAACACAGAGUGCCACCCCUAAGUGCAGCAUCCCAUCAGCACCUCGCAAUGCGUUUGAAGCCUUCCGAAGGUUUUACCUUGCCAAGCACAGCGGCCGCCAACUCACGCUACAGCCUCAGCUGGGGUCGUCGGACUUGAACGCUGUGUUCUUCGGUAUCCGUAGAGAGGAGGGGGAGGGGAGGGACGGAGCCAGUUCGUCUACUGGCUCACGCAAUGUAGCGUCGUCUCCUCGCAAACAUAUCAUCCAAGUGUCCACAUACCAGAUGUGUAUACUGAUGCUGUUCAACAACAGGGAUAAACUCACUUAUGAGGAGUUACAAAACGAGACUGACAUACCUGAGAGAGACUUAGUCCGAGCCUUGCAGUCACUGGCUCUAGGCAAGGCUUCUCAGAGAAUCCUUAUCAAGAAUCCUAAAUCCAAGGAGAUGGAUGCGAGUCAUGUGUUCUACGUCAACGACACAUUCACAUCCAAGCUUCACAGAGUAAAAAUUCAAACAGUUGCAGCCAAAGGAGAGUCAGAACCCGAAAGACGAGAAACGAGAAGUAAAGUUGAUGAUGAUCGUAAACAUGAAAUUGAAGCCGCUAUCGUUAGAAUAAUGAAAGCUAGAAAGAAGAUGCCUCACAACAUCCUGGUGACAGAAGUAACAGAACAACUGAAGUGUAGAUUCAUGCCUUCCCCUGUAAUUAUUAAGAAACGGAUAGAAGGGCUGAUUGAACGAGAAUACUUGGCACGUACACCCGAAGACAGGAAAGUGUACACCUAUGUGGCUUGAAUCCAGAGAUCACCAGUAAAGAGAGAGUUCCCAACAUGCUGUCAAGUCCCAGCAGUGCAAGUUCACGCUAUUCUCUUGGUUCCACUGCGAGGAUAGAUAACGGUUAAAUAUUUACGGCUGCAUCUCAUUUGUUUGUGUUACUUUGGCCUCUCAGAUCACAACUGGACCAGGUCUUGAUUUGAACAGUUCUUGUUUCAAAUUUUACUGUUGAAAAAUAUAAUUAUGUUUUUCCGAUUAAAUUGCAUUUUUUCAGAAUCUUUGUGAUAUUAUAAGGAUGUAGUAUUUAUUAUUUUUGUAUAUAAUAGAAAAAUGUAAUAAAUACCUUUUGUAUAUUGUAUCACGUUUAGUUUAAUACACUUUUAUUUAUUUUUAAUCGGUUAGAAUUAGGGUUGGCUUCGAAGUUAGUAUUUUUUAAUUAGCCAGUUUACGUGUAACUGGCUGUAAGUUGCAAAACAAAUUUAUGUUUACGAUAAAAGCAUCAAUGACGAUAAUAUUAUGGGGUGGGGGGGCGAUGUUCAUGAUUUUCAUUUACUGAUCAAUUCACAGAUCAUUCACAAUUUACGAAAUUUUGGUUUAAUUCACACCAAUUAUUCUUCAAUUGGGAAGAUAAACUCAACAACAAAGAAAAAGCCAAGGGUUAUCAAGAGUGUAAUGGCCACCUAUAAAAACCAGACAAUGUUUUACAAGUAAAUGUGUGUUCGUUCAAGUACAUCAAGAUUUGUAAAAAAUGUUUAUUGAUUAAAUGUAAAUAUAAAUACACCUUAAAAACCAGAAAUAUAUUUAACUUGCCUUAUAUACGUUCAGUAGUCCUGCUAUUGCCUCUCAUCCGCAAGUAUCACUUAUCACUUGCAUUCAUAUGUUACACUUUGGUGUAAAUGUGUAUUAAUCAGUGUCAGAGUUGGAUAUAUUUUAAUUUUUAGUUUACUUGCAUUCCAUUUUGUGUAAUGGUUUACCAAGGGUUUGUGUAGAAUAUCUUUUUAUGAAAGAUAUUACCCCUGAAAUUAUUUGCCAGCAAUUUAUAAAAUUUUAACUUUUUUAAGGUAUUGUUACAAACUUUUUGCUGACAUUUUUUCUCCAAAUGGUUUAGAAAGUGUUAAUUCACAGCUAUAUAUUACCAUGUUUUACAGUCAUCUCUACAACUAUUGUUCAAUUCAAGGCAUGGUCAAAGGCUUUAGGAGUUAACUCAACUUGAGGUUCGUGGGAAAUUUUAACUAAAAAAAUUGUAUUGAAAGCGUUUCUGUAUAAUUUCCCUUUUAGUUAUUGUUUAAUUCUUAACAUAAACCAUAUUGUAAAUAAAGUGUUUUCGGUUUUUAUAUUACAA